GUUAAGUCUACUGUCUAUUAUUUGUUUGUUUAAUCAAAUUUUUUGAAUUAAACCAACGACCUUAUCAAAUAACUCAUAUAAUGCAUGGAAGCCCAGAGAAAGUCGCUCCAAAAUGGCAUCAUCCAUUGGAAGUAAUGAAACUCCAUAAAUUAAAACAGAAAAAGAAAGCCCUGCAAGCCAGAAUCAACGGAAAAGCUCCAAACAACUCGAUCGAUGGUGCGAAUAAAACUUCUUUUGACGAAGUGUUUUCAGCCAAGAAACGAAAAAAUCCUUUCGUAAAGGAUACCGACUGUAAGAAAAGCAAAACCGAACCUUGCGUACUGGACGAAUCCACCGAUCAAACAUUAUUUAAACUUCUCCACCAAAAUGCCCCUGGUCCUUCAACGAACGUCACACUCACCUCAUUUAACAACAUACUCAGUAAGAUUGACGCGGAAGAAAAAGAAAUAGUGGAAGUUGUAAAAGCUACAGGAGAGAAAUGGUUACCCAUCGAUUGGACUUUAAAGUAUAAAGCGAGAUUAUUAUCGACCAACCCAUUUCCUUGGAACCAGAAACUGAAGAUUAGCGAGGAGGCCAGUGGCGUUACAGCUUUCACCCGCUGCCUAGACAGUAACACAGCAACAACACUUGACACAUCGCCAAAUGCAAAGUUCCAUCAAUGCUGCCUGUACUGGCAGCAACCGUGUCUGCCCUGGCUCAAUUUAUUUCCACGCAGCAGCAUGAAGGCUCAACCAACAGGAAACAAUUUCACUUUAAACAGUACAAUAAGAGAAAGUUUGCAAUCGGCUUGGUGUGACAGCUUACGUUCUUUGUACCAGUUGAUUAGAACCAGACAAUGUCCAUACUUUUACGCCUGCGCUAAUAACUUUACGGUACUGUUUCGUGCCGCGGGAAUAUGUGGUUUUAGCGACGUCCACGUGUUAAUAACUCCGACGACUCGAGGUUUUCGGCAAAUGUUGAAGCAGGAAGAUAUCGAGUUUGUUAUGCCUUUGAAGAAGAAACGGAUUUCGGAUUCGGGUUAUGAAACGGAUUCUACCGUCAGCGAGCAGGAAAGUGUAUGUGAGAAAGCGUUGGAGGAAGAAGAGAUGCCCGACGAGAACUGGUUGAAAAGUAUGGGUAUUAACGCUGAAGACAUCAAGCAGAUCAAUUAUAUGCAGGAGAAAAUAAUCCACAAAGCCGAAUGCGAAGUCGAUAACAGCGAGCAAAGCCUGGUUGUGGUUCAGGGCGUAGAGGUCCAUGCCUUGUAUAACUUCCUAUUGAACUGUAAAAGCGCGACAGCUUUCACAGGUCCACUGGCAGGCGUACCCCCGACACUCCUGGCCCCGGUGGCAUUCCACGGUGCUUCCUUGCAGUCUCUCAAAGUGCGUGAUAACAAAGUGAAUUUAGACGGGGCAGAUUAUUACUGUUUAGACAUAUCGGGGCCCAUUUUACCCACGACGACUCACAAUUUAUUCUCCAUUAAUCCUCCGGAGCAUAGCGUAACGAUGACUUUUAACGGUAUCGCUAACACUGAACCGUUCAGUAAAGUUCAGAACGCGGAGAGAAAGUCCGACAUUGAAAAUAAGGGUAGUGUAGUGUUCGGCAAAGAGAAUUUAUCGGAUUGCGGGCUUUUGCCGAAAGUACUUAAACAUUUCUGUGCGGCCGAUGUUAAAUAUGUUACGAACGUGGAGUGUUUGAAGUAUACUAGUGAUAAUAAGACCUAUAUGUGGUCAUAACGUGAAAUUAUGUUCGGUAAUUUUAAGGGUCAGAAUCGACAGUAUGUAAUUUUUAUAACUGAUUGUGUAAAACAUUUGUUAUAGUUUUCGAACGACAGUUGUCCGUUGAAUAAAUUAUUGUAGUUG